UUUUUAAAUCUGAUGUAGUCGUGAUUGACGCAAAUAUUGUUGAAAAGUAUUUGUUUAUUUAUAUUUACUACUGCGAGAAAGCGGUAGAAAGUUCGCGUUACAAUUCAAGCCAAAACAGGCUUACGUAAUCUGAAUAAAAUACGUCAUUUCCUGGCAUAUGGGGUUCUCUGAUGACGGAGGAGUUUCCUGUUCGUAUAUCACGUGAUGCUAGAUAAAGGAUUUAGUGCGCUGGUUGGGCGACAACAAAGCCACCACGUGACCACAAAAGCUGACUAUGACGCACGUACGGAGAAAGCGACUGGCCUGUACGUCAUUGAAAGAAACACCAGCGAGAGAAUGUCAACACGUUGAGUGGCUCAGCAUGAAAAGAAGGCAAAUCUCGCGUAUUUAUACCCGACGAACCAAGUAUCCUGUUCUCAUACUCAAGCAGACAUCGCUUAGAAAUUUAACCGAACAAACAGAAAAAAAUGGUGAGCCAACCUAUCUCCUGUACGCAAUUCGCAUCUGUUUUAAGAGGAGCUUCAGAUUACUUAGCCAUAGACUGCCGGUCGUUUCUCGUUUUUAACCAAGGCCGGGUUCGUAAUGCAAUCAAUAUAAGAAGCAACAGCAUCCUCCGGAGACGAUCAAGAGGAGAAAUGUGCAUUGAAAAUGUAAUCUCAAGCGCUGAGAAGAGAAAACUGUUUUCAGAAGGAAAUAUCAAAACCGUUAUCGUUUAUGACGAAAAUGGUGACGCCGAUCAGCAAGCACAGAAAUAUGUACAACGACGAACAACUAACACGGUUCUAACGACGCUGCUGAAGCACUCGUCAGGUCAAGCUGACAUCAGAUACUUAAGUGGCGGAUUCAAACUUUUUCAAGUGGACUUCCCAGAACUAUGUGAAGGGUUAGAAAACACUCUUUCUUUUUCAAACGAAGAAAGAUCACCGGGAAACGAGACACCAGCGACACCUACACCCAUUUACGACCAGGGCUCCCCCGUUGAGAUAUUACCACACCUCUACCUUGGAUCAGCACACCACGCAUCUCAGGAAAACGAAUUGGCCGCUUUGGGUAUUACAGGAGUCUUAAACGCCAGUUCACAUUGUCCUAACCACUUUCCAGACCGAUUUCAAUACAAAAGAAUACCUGUAGAAGACAACGGCCAGGCUGAUAUAAGUUCCUGGUUCGACGAAGCUAUUUCCUUUAUAAAUGAAGAAAAACAACGAGGCGGAAAAGUGUUCGUUCACUGUCAUGCCGGAAUCAGUCGUUCAGCUACAAUAUGCCUUGCAUACCUCAUUACGUGUCGAGGUGUUUCCUUAAACGACGCUUUUCGUUAUGUGAAAAGUAAAAGAAGUGUAAUAUCACCGAACUUUAACUUCAUGGGACAAUUGUCCAGCUUGGAAGCUAAGCUGAGUCGACGACCAGUGCCUGAACGUAUACAAAGUGUUGGAGACAUCGCAGCGCACUUAAGAAAACAUGGAGAGACAUUGCCAAUGGAGUGGACCUGUGAGGCAGAUACACCAGAGACCGUUGCGCCAGUUGCUGCUAAACCGCCGAGUCCUCAAUCCAGAUUGUACAGACGUCGCGCCGUGACAGCCGCAAUCCCGAUUCAGAUUUUAUCGCCUUUGAAACCCGCUAACAAAACAGCGAUGCCUGAAGACAAGAGGUGCAUGACAGCGCCUGUUUUGAGGACAGACUUCGCGUUUCAAUUUCCCGACAAGAGGGACUGCAAGUGCCACGUUGCUCUACGAAUUCUCCACUGUCAGCAACCGGCCUUCACUCUCUCGACGUAAAAUUUCCAUUUAAAUACCUUCAGUGCAAUUUUCACCCGCAGUUCCGAUUUUCACACGUUGCACGCUUUUGUACAGUUGCGUUUUCGAGAUUUAUUUUUCUACGGUAUGUCUUGCUGUUUUUAUUGUUUUCUACUUGACCUGCUGUUUUUUUGCGCAUAAACGUCGCAUAAUCGAACACUGCCCCCUCACCCAAAACAGUGAUUUUAUAAUAAACAGAAAAAAUGAUUCAA